UGAGAAAAAGGCCCACCAAGAACAACAAAAGCUCAUAUAACCCAGUCAUUUCAAACAAAGAGUGAUAAAUUACAGUCUCUGGAGAAUUCGAGCUUGAGCCCAACUGCCCAAAGCCAUAACCCGAUUUCAAUCGGAAAAAUGGCGGCUCUUUCUAGUUUGGGAACCUUCUCGAAGCCCCAAAUUCCUCCUCUCCCAUCUCCCUCUGAUUUCCGAUCCUUCAAUUUCAUUAAUACUAUUUCUUUUUCAUCCCGCACAAAAAUCAUACGAGGCAACAAUUCGCGCCAUUUCACAGCAGUAUCUGCAGCUCCCAUGGCGAGUGAAGAAGCUUCAGUCAAAGCGGUUAGCUCCGUGCCCGACUCUUCUAUCAAGCUCCUGUUUGUUGAAAUGGGCGUCGGCUAUGAUCAACAUGGGCAGGAUAUUACGUCAGCAGCAAUGCGGGCUUGCAGGGAUGCAAUUUCCUCGAACUCAAUUCCAGCUUUUCGGAGAGGUUCCAUACCCGGUGUUUCAUUUGGUGAGAUGAAAUUGCAGAUUAAACUAGGCGUUCCUCGGCCUCUCCAACAUUUGUUGGAUGUUGAGAAGGUCAAGUCAGUUUUCCCUUAUGGAGCUAUAUCCAACGUUGAGGUUGUGGAUGGCGGGCUGAUAUGCUCGAGUGGUGUGCAUGUUGAGGAAAUGGGAGAUAAAAACGAUGAUUGCUACAUUGUAAAUGCAGCAGUCUAUGUUGGCUAUUGAUAUCCUUUUUGCAAUCGGAUGACGAGGACUGAACAGAGAAGUGGUUCGAAGCAUCAAGCACAGUUUAGUGUAGAUGGCAUUCGCAAGGAACUUGAUAUUCUCUAUCUUGUAUGCGGGUUAACUGGUUCAGUUUCAGGUAAUUUGUCUAUGUUUGCUGUUUGAUUGAUACUAAUAGGUCUUCCCCUUGGAUGUGUUGCGACUUUUAAUAAAUCGUAUGAUUUUUAACUCUGUAUCCCUUUUAUUCAAACAAAGUAUAUUUCUGCUUGUGAGCGGUCUUUAAAUGCAAUCAUGCUGGUUAUGUGACACAGCAAGGCCAUCAAAUAUCUUAUAGUAAAUAGGCACAAAAAUAUUCAAUUUCGACCCAAGAAAAUACAAUGCUCAUAGAUACAGAUAGAAUUCUGCGGAAAGCCGUAGUCGAUGAAAGUCGUCUGUGUGCUUUGGAGGGAGAUCUUUCAUUUCUUUCGAGAUCCACCCUAGAAUAUGGGUAAAAAGCCAAAAUAAGUGAUUUUAGCCCUUAUAAAAAGAAAAUAGAUUCUUAAGGGCCGGAUUGGAUACAAAAUAUCCAAUAAUUUUUUAACUCGAAAUUCAAACCUAAUUAAAUCCAACUUUCUUUAAUAUUAUCAAUAUAAUUAAAU